AUGGUGUGCCAAGCAGAAACAAGGACAACGUUCCAAGCUUUGAAACAUGAGAAUGGGAUUGCUGGUAGCUCCACCAUAAUCAUUAGGAUUAUUGCUUGCUUCCGUCCAUUGCAAGAUUGCCAGGUGAUUAACACGCACAUUCUUUUGAUGGGGCAAGAUAAUAAUCCUCGUAUCAAUUUGCAGUGCCCAAUUUGGCAAUUUAGUUACAUAAUCUCUGCUAGAGAUAACAGACAAUUUGCUAUCAGGCGUCAAAACUUGAAUCCAGUGUUUUUCUCUACUUGCGUUAGUCCAAAUGCUUGUGUCUUGCCAGUGACUUUUGCAACACCUUUCCCUGAUUUCUACGCACGCAAUUUCUUUCACAAAGCUUCACCUUUGAUUCCUCCUCUGGCCCCAUUUCAUGUCACUUCCAAAUUUGAUGGCUCAGAGAAGAGAUACUUGGUUUUUGAUCAGCUAAGGGAUGGAAGGAACUUUGCCUUUAGCUCAUCAAGUGUCCCCAUUCCAUGCAUGGAUUCUGUGAACCCAGGUUUCGAUGUGCAGGGCAGCACUGAACCUUCUGAUUGGCAUGGAUCUGAAGAGAUACAUGAAAAUACUGAGGAACUUGAUGCACUGUUAUACUCGGAUUCCGAUGACAAUCAUGUUGUAGAUGAAGCCAGCACUGGAAGUUCUCCAAUUGAAGAAGUGGAGAAGACUAUUUCUGCGGUGGCUAGCUCUGUACUUUCAGUAAAGCGGAAAAGAGCUGAUGAUGAAUUUGAUGCAUCAGUUACAGAUACUGCAAGUUCGCAAGUUCUUCACUUUCCUAAUAUCUCUUCAGAUAACAGGAAUAAAGAGGAUGACAACUCUGCAUCCAUCUGCUUUGAGUUAGUAGAUGAUCAAAUUGAAGAGACCAGGCAACUCAAGAGAACGAAAAUUCAGGAAACAGUUGGCCUAUUGAGAAAGAUCAUCCCUGGUGGUAAUGCGAUGGACGCCAUCACUGUCCUUGACAAGGCCAUCAACUAUCUCAAGUCCCUUAAGUUAAACGUCAAAUCUUUUGAAACUUUUCCAUAG